CACUCAACAUCAUUGACGCCGUUUCCUCCUACACCUCCGCCCCCUCAACCCUCUUUGAGCAACCCCCGCCCCCCAGGCUCUUCCCACGGCCCCCUCCCUUUGCCGUGCAACAGGACACGGCUCAUUCUUUCAUCUACGUACUUCCUUUUAAUAUUUCCUACUGCUCACCCAUCCAGCGCCGCCACCGCCGCCCACGUCGCACAGCGGCGAGAGACGCCACAGAUCAUCAUUUCCCGAACCGAACCCCGUGCGCGCCUCCAUCAUUCAACACCCGGAAUCCCUCCCCAUCGCCCACAUGAACUCCUCGACGCUCUCCUCCCGAUAGUCUGCGGACCGAGAUCCUUCAAGGGACCGCCAGCAUGGACCGCUCCGAGCCGCGCCCGAGCCGGCCUUCCGCGAAUCUCCAAGCCCAACCGCCCGAUGCCGCGCCCGCCAUCUGCCGGAUAUGUCGAGGCGAGGGCACCGCCGCCGAACCUCUCUUCUACCCCUGCAAAUGCAGCGGGAGCAUCAAGUUCGUCCAUCAGGACUGCUUGAUGGAGUGGCUGUCGCAUUCCCAGAAGAAAUACUGCGAGCUGUGUAAAACGUCGUUCCGCUUCACCAAGCUCUACGCGCCCGACAUGCCAAAGUCGCUCCCCGUCCACGUGUUUCUCGAGCACAUGGCCCGAUAUUUGCUGCGGAACGUGCUUGUCUGGCUGCGCGCCUUCCUCUCCAUCAGCGUCUGGGUCUGCUGGCUGCCCUGGUUCAUGCGCGCUGUCUGGUCCUUCAUGUUCUGGAUCAGCGACGAGGGCCUCGGCGGCGCCUCGCUUCUCUCGAGGGCCAACACCGCUGUCGACACCUCUUCGUGGCUGUCUGCUGCCAUGGCCGAUAUUGGAACCACGCCCGUCACCCCGCUUCUGCCACAAACGACCACAUCCGCCGCCGAGGCCGCCGUCAUCCUUCAGGGGCUGGGCAGCGAGGACAUGUCCGAGUACCUCGUCCGCCUCCUCCUCGGCUCCUGGGGCAUGCCCGUCAAGUUCGGUCGGUCGGCCGCCGACGUGGCCGUGGCCGCAAACAGCUCUGCCUCCGCAUCAAACAACGUCACCGCGGCGUCCUCCUCGUCUCUGCUCGGCGAUGUCGGCUUUCUAAAGCAACUCACGCCCAGCCCGAUCCUCAAUCGAACCAUCGUCAGUGUUCUCGAGGGGCAGAUCAUCACCAUCCUCGUCAUCGUCUGUUUCAUCCUCGUCAUCCUCGUCAGGGACUACGUUGUCCAACAGCAGCCCGAGAUCAACAUGCGCGCCGCUUUCGACGACCCAGAAGGCGACGACUUGGGGGAUCAGCCCGUCGAGCAAGAAAUAGGGGUGCGUGUGCUUAGAGAAGCGGGUGAGUCUGACUCCGAGGGGGAAGCACCCGAGGACGCCGAGGCCCGUCGGGAAACAGGAAUUGGCCAGGAGCCCGAGGCGGGGCCCGCUCGGGCAGCGACAGAGACUGGAAUCCCAGUCGUCGAGGAAGAUUUGGGCAGGUCCUCUCAAGAGGCAAGUCUCUUGUCUGACGAUGCCCGUGACCAGCUCGCCCAUCGCUCAGCAUCGUCCGAUGACGAUUCCGAUGAUCCCUCUAGCGUUAUCGAGUACCUCCGCAUCUACCGUCGGGCAAGCGGUGACUCGGAGCGAAUUCUGCAGAUCGUCGAAGAGGAAGGCCUAGAAGAAAAGCUCAGCUACUGGGUCGAUGUCACCCGUCGCUCCAUUACGAAGCGCGAGGAUGUCGCUCGUGAGUUUGCCAUUGCCUUGGAUCCAGACACCGGGUACCGAACUAGAUUAGGAGAUGCUGGUCCCUCGGACCCUGACAAUGGCCCAAACCCUUUCGAGGCCGAUCAGGCCAGAGACGAGACAAAAGGCAAGGAACGGGCAUGGGAACCUGUUUCUCCUGGCUCUACCCCGGGGCCACAACUUGGGUCAUCGUCGAGGCCUCGGUCGAUAUCGGAUGGUCCUCAGCCUCACUCCACCGUCAACCCCUUGGGGAGCAACAACUGGUCGUUCGCAGGAUUGUCAUCCGGCGAUGUCGCCGACAACCACGAGCCGCAAUUACCGACUCCGCCCGCCGAAAGCUCGGCACCUUUGCUGGAAAACGGCACGGUCUCCGAGCCUUCUAAUGACGACUUGGUUGCGGUCGAACACGAUACAUAUCCCCUUCACGAGUCCUCGGACGAAGAGGACGGGCGUGAGCAGCACUGGGAGCCAGCACAUCCACCGGAUGAAGCACCCGCUCAGCCUGAGAGGCAACGUGCCGGGCUAGGAGACAGGGUCGCAAACUUCAUGUGGGGAAACCUUGAUGACCAGCACGAUGCCCCAGAGGCAGACGACCACGCUGACGAAGACGGCUGGGUCGACGUUCCCGUGGACGAGGAACAGGACGACAAUGUUGACGCGGAUGGCAAUGCCGUCGACGUCGAUGGUGCUGCUCCUGGACUGGGCCUGGACCCCGAGGCCAUCGAAGACAUGGAAGACUUCGAGGGCGUCAUGGAACUCAUCGGCAUGCGGGGACCCAUCGCCGGCCUGUUCCAGAACGCCAUCUUUUGCGCCGUCCUCGUUUCCGUCACCAUAUUUGCCUGCAUAUUCAUCCCUUACAACAUCGGGCGGCUAACCGUGUGGAUCGUGGCGAAUCCCAUGCAGUUGCUGCGCAUGCUCCUCGAGUUCUCCAAGGUGGUACAGGACGCCGGCGUCAUGGUUGGUGGCCUGGGCUCGUGGUGCGCGCUCAACUUCGUCGACAUGUUUACCGGCAUCGUCGGCGGCGCCGUCGGAGCAAAGGUGGUGAGCGCUCGAAAAGCCUCUUGGGGAGUCUGGACCGCCGCAGGCAAGAGAGUCAUGGAAUAUGCUUUGCUGGAGUUUCCCAUGUCCGCUACGGAAAUGCAAAACUUCUCGGCCAUUAGCCACGAGGCUCUCAACUCUGUCAAGGCCAGCAUCGUUGCCGCCUUUGGCAGCGUCGACGCCGUCACUGCGGCGCGUGCGAGUCUGGCUGACGGCACCUUUAUGGCCGCGGCGGCCGCUGCCGUGAGCUCGGCAGCGGCAAGCGCCAAAGCCGUCGCCGCGAUGCUCGUCGACCCCGGCUCGUGGGUCAUCGACUUGAGCGCAAGCGAGGCGCGAUCUCCUGUCGACCCUGCGCUGGCGCACUGGACUGGCCUGGACCGCUUCUGGGCUAUUCUGACAGGAUACGUCGCCAUCUUUGCCAUCGGGGCCAUGUACCUCAAGAGAGGCACGCCGUUCUCCCGAGGCAACAUGCUGCAGGCCUGGGAAGCCGGCGUGAUUGAUACGCUGCACCAGGCCAGUGGCAUCAUGAAGGUCAUUCUCAUCAUCAGCAUCGAGAUGCUCGUGUUUCCGCUCUACUGCGGGCUCUUGCUCGACAUUGCCUUGCUGCCGCUCUUCGAAGACACGACGGUCCGGUCGCGGAUCCUUUUCACUUCCAACUACCCCCUUACGUCCGUCUUUGUGCACUGGUUCGUCGGCACCGGUUACAUGUUUCACUUUGCACUAUUCGUGUCCAUGUGCCGCAAGAUAAUGCGACCAGGCGUGCUGUACUUCAUCAGAGACCCAGACGACCCAGAGUUCCACCCGGUGCGUGACGUACUCGAGCGCAACCUUGCAACGCAGCUUCGAAAGAUUCUAUUCUCGGCCUUCGUGUACGGCGCGCUCGUCAUUGUGUGCCUUGGCGGAGUAGUAUGGGGGCUGUCAUAUUCGGCACCCGGCGUCCUUCCCAUCCAUUACUCGUCCAACGAGCCCGUUCUCGAGUUCCCCGUCGACCUGCUAUUUUACAACUUCCUCAUGCCCCUGGCAGUCAAGGUAUUCAAGCCGGGCGAUGGCCUCCACAUCAUGUACACGUGGUGGUUCCGCAAGUGUGCCCGUGGCCUGCGCCUGACCUACUUCCUCUUUGGCGAGCGGCGAAUCGACGAAGAGGGCGACUUGAAACUGCCGGCUGAUUUCCCAGAUGCCCACUCUCGGUACAGGACGCUGCUACUCGAACUUGACGAACACAACCGCGUCAUUCCCAAAACAUGGCGCGAUACCUUUGAGGGUGGCCGUGCGAGGCCAAACACCGCCAUAUCGAGCCGUGAAGAGCGCAUCAUGCGGCGCAGAAAGCUCCACCUCGUCACAUCAGGCCAGCUUGUCAAGAGCGGUCGUUUUGUCCGAGCGCCGGCAUCAGAUAGAGUGAAGAUUCCCAAGGGCAAAAAGGUGUUCUUGACGGUAUCGGAAACCGGGCGCCGCCGCGACGGGAACCCGGACGACGACAUCUACUCAUCCAACCAAUACCAGAUGGUGUACAUUCCUCCCAGCUUCCGCACGCGCGUCUUCCUCUUCAUCCUAUUCAUCUGGCUCUUCGCAGCAGUCACGGGCGUGGGCUUCACGGUUCUCCCACUCAUGUUUGGGCGAGCAAUGUUCAAGACGCUCAUCCCAGAGGGCAUCCGCACGAACGACGUCUACGCCUUCAGCAUCGGCAUCUACGUGCUUGGCAACGCGGCGUACGGUAUUUUCCGUGCGCGCACCGUCGCCGCCAAGGUCCGCAACUGGGCUCACGACGCUUGGGCUGAGCUGGUGGGACACGACGCCGCGAAACGCAUCUUUUCGGGCGUCGUGCGCGCCGCGAAGCUUUGCUACGCCCACGUCUUCCUCUUGAUUGUGUUUCCCCUUCUCUUCUCGACACUCAUGGAGCUGUAUGUGUCCAUCCCGCUGCACACGUACAUGAAGUCUGGAGCGGGCUCGGCGGGCAAAGCGGAAGUGGGUGCGGGCGCGGGUGCCGACCGCCAUACGGUCCGCAUCAUUCAAGCAUGGACACUGGGGGUCUUGUACCUGAAUCUCGGGACGAGGAUGCUCGCCUCUGUCUUCCCGGCCAGCCGCGCGGCCACGGCUGUGCGGAGCGUUUUGCGCCGGGGAUGGCUUCGACCCGACAUUGCAGUUUUGACCAGGGCAUUCGUGGUUCCGGGCAUAGCCAUCGCCUUGGCUGCCAUACUCGGACCGCCGAUGAUGGCGAGCCUCCUCAUCAAGGCAAACGUCUUGAGCGGCGAGACAGGUGUAGACAGGUCAGGCGCGGCGCUGGUGUAUCGAUACUCGUACCCUGCCGCGGCGUUGGCUGCCCUGGCGGUCAGGCACGCGGUGGGUAUGGCGGGCGUGUUCAAGGGGUGGAAGGUUGGCAUCCGCGACGAGGCGUACCUAAUUGGCGAGCGGCUACACAACUUUGGCGCCGCGACGGCGGGGGCUCGAAGAGGCAAGAGAGCGUGGGCGAGCGGGCGCCCGCGACUAUGAGGCGGGCCUGUAUAAAUCAUGUGUAAUGAUUGCGUGUAUGAUACCACCUGGCUGUUGCGGCCGCAGCAGCCGCCCGCCAUUUCCGGGUCAGCCAUUUGGAGCUUGCCCGGGACGGAGUAGACUGAUACCAGACAUAGCCGUACAUUCAGCUUUUGACAG